CCCAGACCAGGCCGAGUAUAAAAAGGCCCGGCGUAGAAAACACCAACAUUCUUGAGCUCGGAGAAAGCAGCAAGGCACAGAUCCCGCUCUACAAGAAGACAGGACUAACGGAUUGACAAAGAGAAGAUGCGGACCCUCCUCCUCCUGUGCGCCCUGGCGGCGGCCACCCUGGCCCUGACGCCCGACGAGAUCCAGCAGUUCAAGGCUCGGGACGUGACCGAGCAGAACACCGGCCUGAAGGGGAGCGUCACCGUCACCUCGGCCGCCGACACCAUCACCAUCGUCAGUAACGGGAUCCCUGACCACGCCACUGCUGUCUAUCCUAACAGGCACAACCCCAACAGCAUCAUGGCUCAAAACUUCCGGUUCACCCUCCCGAAGGCCCCCCAGGUGGCUAGCCAGACGUCCUGUCUCCCGAUGGGCCCGGUGGGCGUUGCCAUUAACGGCGUUCCCAUCUUCAACCCCUUCACCAUCGAGUGUCUCGACGCCAAGGAGAACGAGGUCUUCGACGAGUGCGACGGACACCCGGCUCCUAAUGGCCAGUACCACUACCACAUCCACCCCGACUGCGUCUUCGACGGCACCAGCUCGCACUCCCAGAUCGUCGGUGUCGCCGCCGACGGCUUCCCGAUCUACGGCCCGGUGGACGACGACGGCACGGUGCUGACCAACGCCGACCUGGACGAGUGCCACGGCCGCAUGAAGAACGGGGUGUACCGCUACCACGUCACCAACGAGUACCCCUACUUCAUGGCGUGCUUCAAGGGCACGGUUAGGUCCGAUAGCGGCAUCAAUGCCGGCAGGUGUCAGUGCAAUGUGGACUCCGUCGUCUCUACCGGUACUCAGACGGAUCUUGCGGGCACUGGCACCGGCACAAACACCGGAACCGACACGGGAGGGAUCAUCAACCCGCACCCGGACCCGUUGUUCCCGGGAGGCCCUCAUCACCCGCCACCUGGUGGCAACCACCACCACCCACCACCCAGGAACGCCGUCCCCGACAACCAGCUCACCUACCAGGACUUCCUGCAGUGGCAGCAGCAGCAGCACCAGCACCAGCAGACCGUGCAGCAGCAGCCUCUAGCGGAUAACACGGCAACUGCAGCAGACCAGCCGCUGACGCUGUACCAGAUCUGGCAGCAGCACCAGCCUACCUGUGACGAGUGGCAGCAGCAGCAGUGGCAUCAGUUCGAGCGGGUGUUCCUGCAGUUCCAGCAGCAGCAGCAUGCGCUCCACCAGGCGGCGGCAGGUGGAGAUGCAGCAGCUGAUCAGCUGCUGCAACAGAUGGCAGGGCAGACCAAGAAGCAACCAUUCCGUCCCCGUGCACCUGUACACGUGUAAAAUUACCGAAGUAGCACCUGUCUCAAUGGAAAAGAACAAAUAAUUCACGAGCUUAAAAUCCCAAUACAGUAACUGUAGUUGACUCAUACAAAUACGCCAAACUGUAUGACACAGCCUUGUGAUAUUUUAAUUUACGCAAAUAAAGA